AUGUUUUACUCGGCCGGUUUGCCUUUUCACCUUACAAGGAACCCACACUAUGUUGCCUCCUACACUUAUGCCUCUAAUAAUAGUAUUAGUGGCUAUAUUCCUCCCGGUUACAACUUGUUGAUGACUACUCUUCUUCAAAAUGAAAGAGCAAACAUAGAGAGGUUGAUGAUUCCAAUUAAAGAUUCUUGGAAGGAAAAUGGUGUUACUAUUGUUUGUGAUGGAUGGACGGAUCCGCAAAGGAGGCCAAUCAUCAAUUUUAUGGCUAUGAGUGUAAAUGGGCCUAUGUUCCUGAAAGCGGUAAAUUGUGAAGGUGAAUUCAAAGAUAAAUUUUUCAUCUUGGAGUUGAUCAAGGAGCCUAUUCAAGAGGUUGGACCCGAUAAUGUGGUCCAAGUUAUUACCAAUAAUGCUCCUGUUUGUAGGAGUGCAGGAUUGCUUGUUGAAGUCCAAUUUCCAAAAGUAUUUUGGACUCCUUAUGUGGUUCAUACCCUCAACCUUGCUUUGAAAAAUAUUUGUGCGGCCAAAAAUACCGAUGCCAAUGAAGUUGUUUUUCUAGAAUGCCAUUGGAUUACAACUAUUAUCGAUGAUUGUAUGUUUAUAAAAAAAUUUAAAAUUAAUCAUUCCAUGAGAUUGGCAAUGUUUCAUGAAAAUGUGAAAUUAACUAUGCUUUAUAUUGCGGAUACACGUUUUCCUUCAAUAAUUGUGAUGCUAAGAAGAUUUAAGCGAAUAAAACGUGGUCUCCAAGACAUGGUGAUGAGUGAUUUUUGGACAUCUUAUAGGAAAGAUAAUGUUCAAAGGGCCUUAACUGUCAAGACAAAAAUAGUAAGUGAUGAUUGGUGGCGAGAUAUUGAUUACAUAAUUAACUUUACUGAGCCAAUCUAUGAUAUGCUUAGGAGGGCCGAUACGGAUGUUCCUUGUCUUCACUUGGUGUAUGAGAUGUGGGACUCCAUGAUAGCUAAAGUGAAGGUCGCUAUUUAUCAUCAUGAAAGAAAGCAAGAGCAUGAGGAGUAUCCAUUCUUUUUGGUGGUGCGCAAAAUAUUAAGUGCUAGAUGGAGUAAGAGCAACACACCCCUUUAUUGA